ACGAAAAUAGAACUAUAGAACUAAAAGAAAACAGAAAAUCGUCGUCAUUUCAAACUUCAAACUCUUCGUUCGUCUCUUCAAUCGCACUCUUUGAGGGAGUACAUCUUUCAACUCGCCGGGUGGAGUUUAUUGAGUGGUUGCCGAGUCAACUCAUCUCCGAUCUCUGAAUCCGGCCGACACUAUGGAGAACCUGAUUUCGUUAGUGAACAGGUUGCAGAGAGCUUGCACUGCGCUUGGUGAUCAUGGCGAAGAUAGUGCCUUGCCUACUCUCUGGGACGCCUUACCUUCUAUCGCCGUCGUUGGUGGCCAGAGUUCUGGGAAGUCUUCCGUGCUUGAAAGCAUUGUUGGGAAGGACUUUUUGCCUCGUGGAUCUGGUAUCGUGACCCGUCGUCCGCUUGUCCUACAGCUUCAUCGCUUAGAUGAAGGUCGAGAAUAUGCAGAAUUUGGGCACCUUCCAAGGAAAAGAUUUACUGACUUUGGUGCUGUAAGAAAGGAGAUUGCUGAUGAAACUGAUCGAGAGACGGGCCGUUCUAAAGCUAUCUCAAGUGUUCCAAUCUAUCUCAGUAUAUAUUCUCCUAAUGUUGUGAACUUGACAUUGAUUGAUCUUCCUGGACUUACUAAAGUAGCUGUUGAGGGCCAGCAAGAAAGCAUUGUGCAGGACAUUGAAAAUAUGGUUCGUUCUUAUAUUGAGAAGCCAAAUUGUAUCAUUUUGGCAAUUUCUCCGGCCAAUCAAGAUCUUGCUACAUCAGACGCAAUCAAGGUUUCUCGUGAAGUAGACCCAAAAGGGGACAGGACAUUUGGAGUUCUCACCAAGAUUGAUCUUAUGGACAAGGGUACUGAUGCAGUUGAUAUCUUGGAAGGAAAAGCAUACAAGCUACAGUUUCCGUGGAUUGGUGUUGUCAAUCGUUCCCAACAGGAUAUAAACAAGAAUGUUGACAUGAUUGCAGCUAGGCGUAGAGAGCGAGAAUAUUUUUCUAGUACACCUGAGUACAAGCAUCUUGCUCACAGGAUGGGCUCAGAACAUCUUGGCAAAGUUCUAUCAAAACAUCUGGAGUCUGUCAUCAAGUCUCGGAUCCCUGGUCUUCAGUCUCUUAUCAGCAAAACUAUCAUUGAGCUAGAAACUGAGUUAAGCCGUCUUGGAAAGCCCAUUGCCACUGAUGCCGGAGGAAAGUUAUACAUGAUCAUGGAAAUUUGUCGCAUUUUUGAUGGAAUUUUCAAAGAACAUCUUGAUGGAGUCCGGUCAGGUGGUGAUAAAGUUUAUAAUGUCUUUGAUAAUCAACUCCCUGCUGCGUUAAAAAGACUGCAAUUUGACAAGCAACUCUCAAUGGACAAUGUGCGUAAACUUAUAACUGAAGCUGAUGGAUAUCAACCCCAUUUGAUAGCUCCUGAACAAGGAUAUCGUAGACUCAUUGAAUCUUCGGUGGUUUCUAUUAAGGGUCCAGCUGAGGCUUCUGUUGAUGCAGUUCAUGGUAUACUGAAGGAUCUGGUUCACAAGUCAAUAAAUGAAACUAUGGAGUUGAAGCAGUACCCUUCUCUUAGAGUGGAGGUCAGCAAUGCAGCUGUUGAAUCAUUAGAAAGAAUGAGGGAUGAAAGCAAGAAAGCAACUCUACAGCUUGUUGAAAUGGAGUGCAGUUACCUGACUGUAGAUUUCUUCCGAAAGCUUCCUCAAGAUGUUGAGAAGGGUGGAAAUCCAACCCAUUCAAUUUUUGAUAGAUACAACGAUUCCUAUCUCCGGAGAAUUGGAUCAAAUGUUUUGUCUUAUGUCAAUAUGGUUUGUGCAAGUUUGAGGAAUUCCAUUCCGAAGUCUAUUGUUUAUUGUCAAGUACGAGAGGCCAAACGCAGUUUGCUUGAUCAUUUCUUCACUGACUUAGGCAAAAAGGAGGCUAAACAACUAGGUAAACUUUUGGAUGAGGAUCCAGCAGUUAUGCAGAGACGUAUCUCUUUGGGAAAGAGAUUGGAGCUGUACAGAGCUGCUCAAGCAGAGAUUGAUUCCGUCGCAUGGUCAAAAUAAACGUGAACUCUUCUUAUCUCAAGCAGAGAUUGAUUCUGUUUGUUGGGAUUGGGAUAGUGUUAAGAGAAGUAUGAUUCUUUGCCUCGACAUCUUGUCUUCCUAAAGCAGCUAUCUAUCUCACUAUCUGCUGACGAUUUUCCAGUGCUAAAAACAGAAAUGUAUUUUUUGGAACAAGGCUAUUGUAUCAGUGUUAGUUUUAAUACAUAUAUUGACAUAUUAUGAGUGUAUAAGUAUAAUAUGUUUGUGGAUUUCAAAGGCUUUUUUUACAGUUGAAAGGGUCUGCUGAA